AAUGUUUUAUGCAAACAAAAUUUUCUAAGGAUUACGCUCAAGCAAAUAAAAAACAACAAGAAAAUGUUAAAGUGAAUUAUGAUUUAUGAUAUAAUUUUAAACAUUUUAUCCCCCGGAUUUUGGAUUUAAAUAGCAAACAAGCUAGAGGAGUCACAUAAAAAAAAACUUAUUUUAUCUACAAAUGUUUUGUUUUGUCCAAAACAAGACAACAUCUAAAAACAGAAAACAAGAAACUUUAUUUUGUAUUACAUGGAUUUUAAGGAUAUUUCGUUUUUGUUUUUGGUAAAACAUUGGCCAAGGAUAUAAGGCCAUUACAGCAACCAAAAAAAACUUUGAAUAGUUGCCAACACAGUCUAGUGUCAUCUAUUUCGAAUUUUUGUGGUGUUGAAAACAAUAACAACAUAAAUACUUAUAUUGUGCUAAACAAUAUCGUAUUACAAAUCUAUGGAGACCACCUUACAACUAAAAAUAAAAUAUAAAACUCUCAAGAAAACAUAAAAAUAAUAGAAAAAAAAAACAUUUAUACGUAGUUUAGCAAAUCUCUAAACAAUUUUAUACUUACUUCCUUUAAAAUAAAAUAAUCUUUAAAAUAAAAAAAAAUAAAUACUAAAAUGUUAAUGGCCUGUUUUCAGUAAAGGGUCAAAUGUCUAAGUGUUUGUGUGUUUAAAAUUUAUCCAAACACAUCCUUUAACGCUUUUAAAACCAUUUACAACAAUAUCCUUGAAAACUUGGCAUUAUGUCGCAUUUUCAAAGGCGUCGUCGACAGUUUGGUGAACCUUGCGAUUGUCUAAAGCCUCUUAUAAGGAUAUUUGGUGUUAUAACCGCUUUUGUAAUUUGUGGUGUCGGGGUGGAUGUCUAUUUGCAUGGCUAUGAAGCUGGUCUAUUUAUCUUAAUUUCUUCAAUAAUCAUAUUGUUGUUUGAAGUCAAAUGGGUCAUAACUCUUUUCCUACAAUUAAUAUUUGGCAACGAUAACUAUUCAAAAUGUUUACAAUGUUGGUCGUGCUGUAAAUGCUUUGGUAGCUGGCGUCUCGCCUUUCCCUAUAUUGCUAUUGGCACCGCUCUAAUGCUGUGGCCCCACAAUCUCUGGUUAAGUUAUGUGGCUGGUCUUUUGCUGAUACUUUUGGCGGUGCUGCGUUUAUGUUUGGUCUUUCGUUUCAGUAAUAAUUCAAAGGAUGAGGGUUUAUUACCGCAAUGUGAUUUUGAAAAAGUUGAAAGUGGUCCGGAUUUACCGGAAGAUGGCUUCAUUGAAAUUGGCCCCAGUUUAGAGGAUGAAGAACCUAUUGAUGAUGUUUGUUAAUAUUUGAUAAUUAGGUUUAGUUUUCUAAACUUUGUUUAGGUUUUAAAAUAAGUCUUAAAAUAAUAAUAAUGAUUUUAUUUUAGUUUAGUUUAUGUACAAUAUACAAUAUGCCGAUUUAUAAUAAUUUAAUAUAAUAAAAAAGAGCUUUUAUAUGUU